CGCGCCACCGCGCGGCGUGGGCGGCCGUGUGCCCACGUCAAGACGUGCGUGGAUAGCAGCAGCUAGAGAUGAUUCCGCGAGAGCGAGUGCAAGGAAGCGUCCGUGUCGUCUGAGCCGAUGGAUCGUGUCGACAUGUCCGGAUAAGACCCGGGCGCCGUAGUAGUACGUGAUCAAUUGCAGCUGCUCGACGCCGUGAGACGGCCGUGCGUGCGUCGGCGGGUCGCCCCGUCUCCGUCCGACCAACCAACCGCGGUCGGCCAGCUCUUCGUCCACUCAAGGGCUGGUUCAAGAUGGGGGCACGAGCAUGGCGGAGGACACAUCAGCAGUCGAUGGCUGGAGUCUUAUCCGCGGGUUUGUACUGCUGACCGUGCUUAUCUGGAUGCUGACUUGUUAAUUAAAAAAGGUCAUUAAUGCUCCCUACUGGUCGUUGGAUAGCCAUGAAAAAUUUCCAUGUUACUAAUUUGGCUUUUCCUGGUUAAAUAAUAUCUGACGUGGCGCCUUGAUUCGACGCGCCACGAAUGAUCGAUGAUCAUUUGAUCACAACCUGAUAACCGCAAGUUCGCAACAAGUACUUUUCAGUUUUACAAACAGUUUCUCUGUUUCUGUUCCCGCGCCGGCUAUAAAAGCGCCAAGCUUUUUGGGACGCUGCAGCUGGAGAAGACGAGAACGCAAAACCAAUCAGUCGUCGUCGAACGCGGCGGGCGGAAGAGGCGAAUCGCGUAACGAUUUUUGUUAAAUUUGUAACCGGCCAUGGAUCCGAGGCGCAGCCACUGGGAGAGCUCGUCGGAGGACGUGACGAGGCCGCUGCUCCCGCUGCACGACGACGACGGCGCGGCGGGCCGGCGCUCCUGCGCCGCGCUGAGGUCGCUGCUCGCCAACAAGUACCUGGCGGUCGCGUCGGGCCCCGUGGCGUGCGCGCUGAUCUGCGGCCUCGUCGACCUCGGCGGCCACCGCGCCGCGCGCAACAUGCUCGGGGUGCUCGCCUGGGUGUUCCUGUGGUGGAUUACCGACGCCGUGCCGCUCGCCGUCGCGUCCAUGGCGCCGCUGUUCCUCUUCCCCGUGUUCGGCAUCUCCUCCUCCGACGCCGUCGCCAAGGCCUACAUGGACGACGUCAUCUCCCUCGUCCUCGGCAGCUUCAUCCUCGCGCUCGCCAUCGAGCACUACAACAUCCACCGCCGCCUCGCUCUCAACAUCACGUCGCUGUUCUGCGGCGACCCGGUGAAGCCGCCGCUGCUGCUGCUGGGAAUCUGCGGCACCACCAUGUUCAUCAGCAUGUGGAUCCACAACACACCGUGCACCGUGAUGAUGAUGCCGGUGGCGACGGGGAUCCUGCAGCGGUUCCCGCGCGUCGACGGGGCGUCGUCCUCGGCGAGCAGCGCCGCGGACGCGCGGGAGGUGCAGCGGUUCUCCAAGGCGGUGGUGCUCGGCGUCGUGUACGCGUCGGCGAUCGGCGGGAUGGCGACGCUGACGGGCACCGGCGUGAACAUCAUCCUGGUGGGGAUGUGGUCCACCUACUUCCCGGAGCAGCCGCCCAUCACCUUCAGCUCGUGGAUGUCGUUCGGGCUCCCAUUGGCGCUCGUCCUCUUCGUCGCGCUCUGGGCCACGCUCUGCGUCCUGUACUGCUCCAAGAACACCGGGAGGGCGCUCUCAGCUUACCUGGACAGGAGCCAUCUCAGGAGGGAGCUCAGCUUGCUUGGUCCUAUGGCUUUUGCAGAGAAGAUGGUUCUAGCCGUUUUUGGGGGUUUGAUUGUCCUAUGGAUGACGAGGAGCCUGACAGAUGAUAUUCCUGGGUGGGGAUCACUCUUCCACGGCGAAGUUGGGGAUGGAACUGUCACUAUCAUGAUGGCGACGCUGCUGUUCAUAAUCCCGAGCGGCAAGAACGACGGCGAGAAGCUCAUGGACUGGGGCAAGUGCCGGAGGCUGCAGUGGAACAUCAUCCUCCUCCUCGGCGCCGGCUUCGCCAUCGCCGACGGCUUCAGGGCGAGCGGCCUGACCGACAUCCUCUCCGAGGGGCUCGGCUUCCUCCGCGGCGCGCCGGCGCUGGCCAUCGCGCCCGUGGCGUGCGUCUUCAGCGGCGCCAUCACCGAGUUCACCUCCGACGACGCGACCGCCACGCUGGUGCUCCCGCUGCUCGCCGAGCUGGGCAAGUCCAUCGGCGUGCACCCGCUCCUCCUCAUGGUCCCCGGCGCCGUCGGCGCGCAGCUGUCCUACCUGCUGCCCACCGGCUCGCCGGGCAACGUCGUCGGCUUCAGCACGGGCUACAUCAGCAUCAAGGACAUGGUGAUCGCCGGAACGCCCCUGAAAAUUGUCGGGGUUGCAGCUCUCACCAUCCUACUGCCAACGUUAGGAUCCGUCGUUUUUGGCAUGGAUCAGAAGCUAUAGAAACUUUAGUCAAAGUUCAAUUGGAUGUUUUUUGAAUAUUUCAAUUUGUAGGCUGUAGGUUAUUACGUGGAUAAUAUAGUAGUAAGUUGCAUAGGUUGUAUUGUUGUACAGCGUGUAGUCAAUCCCAUUGUCUUGCCUCAUGAAAAACAUGGGGUCAUAUUCUUUGAGUCAAUAUAGGUUGUAUUUGUAUUGAGUUGUUCCAUGUUAAUAUAUCUUUCGACAUCGUAGCCCCAUGUUGACAUUUUGAUCUA